AUGUUCAGUCGUUUGUUGACAGCGACCCCGCUGAGAUUCCUCCGCGAGAGGCCGCUUCUGAGUGCAGCUGGCCUGUUGUUUGCGUCCGGUUCGGCAGUCUACUUUUAUAGCAAAUAUUACGGUAUCGGUGAGGAUGCACUGGCCACCGUGGAGAGCGUGGACCGUGUUGUCACGGUUGAGGAGGGUAAGUUUACAUAUUUGACAAUGUCUAAAUAGUAAUAGUCCCAAAUGCCACCCAAUACCCUAUUUCUUAUUUUGACCAGGACCCAUAGUUCUAUGGUUAAAAGGCGCUGGUCAAAAGUAGUGCACUAAAUAGGGAAUAGGGUGUCAUUUAGGUAGCAAUCAUGGUGAUGACAUUUUUUACAGUGUAGCCCUAGAUUAACAACAACAAACAAACUUGCUCCUUUGAAACCAAACCUUUGCUUUAGGUUUAAUUGAACAUGUUGGUACAUUAUGCAGACACAUAAAUACAUUUGAUGUCAUACAAUAUAAAACACAAGUAAAUAUAUGAUCAGCCUAACUACAUGGACAGAUGUCUGGUGUCUUGUAGCUAGUAUUUCUUAAACUUAGAGAAAACAAUCCUUUAUUGUUUUUCAUAAAGAUAAUGAGCCCACCCUGGACCAGGAGGACCCAGUCCUUGUUCAGGUAAGAAUGCUGCAGGCCUAUCAAUAGCUUGGGUGCCAGUCUUUCUGCUCUCUUGCCAAUUCCCAUCGUGGCAAUAUGAUAUUGGCAUCACAAUCCCAUAAGGAGUGGACAGAGAGCUGAAACAGACUGGCACCCAGGCUAUAACAAUACUGCUUCAUUAGCAGGAUUGGUUCAAUAACAAUCUGUCAUUCAAACUGUCAUUUUACUGACUCAUAAAUUGAUCCUGAUUUUCUUCCUUAGUAUGUGGUUGAGGAGGUUGGGCACCGGCCCUGUCUGGCUUUAAUCCCUUGGUCUGGACCUCUGUGGGUUCCCAGCUCUGUAAGUCCAUCCAUUCUGAUACUCUUUGGUCUUCUCUCUGGUCUUAAAACUGGUUUAUGUACUUUAAACAUAAACAUGACGUUUUCUGAAGAACAAUAUGGAAAUACAUUUCUGUAAACAUAUUCCCUAUUUUUUAUAACUGCAGCCAACAUAUUACCUUACCCAUGCUGGGAGGAUGCUGGUGAGAGAGCUGGCAGUGUUAAACACGCAGGUAACCAUGCAGAUUAUUGGACAAAGCUCAUCUGAUCUAAUAGGCAGGAUUACCUUCAGUAUCCACUACGGUAGUGAAAUACUUUGAUGUUUGUUCCCUCAUUUUCUCACAGAUAUUCACAGUGGAGCAGCCCAUUUCCAUCUGUUUCACUCCUGCUAGGAGGAUGGUAUGGAAUGAACUGUCCUCUCAAAAUGAACAGGUAGCCAUUCAUAUACAGGUACCUCAGAUGUUUCCUUAACCUUUCAACACAGACCUGUGUAGUGUCUCAGAAUCUAUCAUGCAGUAGCCUCCUCUUGUGAUCCUCCCUAUAGCAGUCUGUCAGACCUAUAGGCUACCUGUCUAUCAUUCAAACUGACUUUUAAUUUGAUCCUGUCUUGUUCCUUAGUAUGUGGAUGAGGAGGUUGGGCAGCGGACCUGUCUGGCUUUAAUCCCUUGGUCUGGUCCUCUGUGGGUUCCCAGCUCUGUAAGUCCAUCCAUUCUGAUACUCUUUGGUCUUUAGACUGGUUUAUGUAACUUAAACAUAAACAUGAUGCUUUCUGUAGAACAAUAUGAAAAUACAUUUCUGUAAACAUAUUCCCUAUUUUUGUAAUAGUCUGUAACACUGCAGCCAACUUAUUACCUUACCCAUGCUGGACGGAUGCUGGUGAGAGAGCUGGCAGUGUUAAACACACAGGUAACCAUGCAGAUUAUUGGACAAAGCUCAUUUUAUCUAAUUGGCAGGAUUACCUUCAGUAUCUACUAUGGUAGUGGGAUACUUUGAUGCCCUUAAAAACUGUUCCCUCAUUUUCUUACAGAUUUGCAAGAUUGAGCAGCACAUUUUCAUCUCUCGUGCUGGCAUGAUGGUAUUGGAUGAACUGUCCUCUCAGCUUGAAGAGGUAGCCAUUCAUCUGCAGGUACUUCAGACAUGUUCUUAACAUUUAUAUCAGACCUGUGUAUUUCAACUAUUAUCAUUGCAGUGGCCUCCUCUUGCAAUCUUCCCUAUGCCAAUAUUUUACUCCUAUACAGUACCAGUCUAUCAUUCAAACUGACUCUUAAAUUGAUCCUGUCUUGUUCCUUAGUACGUUGAUGAGGAGGUUCGGCAGCAGCCCUGUCUGGCUUUAAUCCCUUGGUCUGGACCUCUGUGGGUUUCAAACGCUGUAAGUCCAUCCAUUCUGAUACUCUCUGGUCUUUAGGGGGGCUUAAACAUAAACAUAACUUUUUCUAAAAGAAACUUCUGGAAAUACAUUUCUGUAAACAUAUUCCCUUUUUUAUAGCCUGUCAAACUGCAGCCAAUUUAUUUUCUUACCCACGCUGGGAGGAUGCUGGUGAGAGAGAUGGCAAUGUUAAACACACAGGUAACCAUUCAGAUUAUUAACCAUUACUCAUCUGAUCUAAUAGGGAUAAUUACCUUCAGUAUCCACUAGUAGAAUACUUUGAUAUCUUUAAAGCUGUUCCCUCAUUUUCUCAGAUUUUCACAAUGGAGCAGCCCAUUAUCAUCAGUUUCACUCCUGCUAGGAGGAUGGUAUGGGAGGAACUGUCCUCUCAAAAUGAACAGGUAACCAUUCAUAGGCAGGUACCUCAGAUGUUUCCUUAACCUUUGAACACAGACAUGUGUAUUUCAACUGCCAAUUGUCUUAGAAUCUAUCAUGCAGUGGCCUCCUCUUGCGAUCCUCCCUAUUCCAGUCUGUCAGUCCUAUAGGCUACCUGUCUAUCAUUCAAACUGACUCUUAAUUUAAUCCUGUCUUGUUCCUUAGUAUGUGGAUGAGGAGGUUGGGCACCGGUCCUGUCUGGCUUUAAUCCCUUGGUCUGGACCCUUGUGUGUUCCUAUCUUUGUGAGUCUAUCCAUUCUGAUACUCUCUGGUCUUUAGAGGAUAUUAAAGAUUAACAUCAAGUCACUAGUUUUCUAUAAAACCACAUAAUGAAAAAACAUAUUCCCUUGUCUUCAUAGCCUGUCUUCUCCAAGGCCAAACCAGUCUACUACCUCACUCGUGCUGGGAGAAUGCUGGUAACAGAGCUUGCAGUGUUAAACACACAGGUAACCAAACACAUUAUUAACCAAAGCUCAUCUGAUGUUAUAGGGAGAAUUUACUUUACCCUGUUCCCUUUUUUUUCACAGACUUCCAAAUUGGUUAUUGAGGAGCCUACCAUUCACCUCACUGAAGCUGGGAGGCUAGUGCUUGACGAACUGUCAGCACCUUCAGAUAGCCAUUCACAGGUAGUCAAUCACAUUAUUAGACAGUCAUAGCUGAUUAGUAAUAGUACACAUUACCAUGUCCUCUAUCUCCACAAUUGUGUGUCUUAUUAAUCACAGAGCAAUCUCUAUAAUUAGGGGAUGUCUUUGUUUUUCAGCCAAAUAGGGAAGACUCUGGUUUUCCCUAUGAGAAGUUGCAGCUGGUUGGGAACUGGGGUUCGUUUCAUUUCCAUUACUGGAAUAUCCAUUAUGGACGAGUGCAGGUACUUCAGACAUAUUCUUAACAUUUAUGAACACACCUGUGUAUUUGAACUCCCAAUUGUCUCUGGGUUUUCUUUUGUAUGUCUGUCCCUAAUUGAAACCUAGGGGAAACUUGUCGUACGAACAUCAUGUGGGCUCUAUAUCACUGCCAGGGAUUAUACUCAGAACUGAAAUCGCCUGCCAAAUGUUAUAGACAUCUACAGCUAACAUAUAGAGAGAGGUCUGGAGACUGAAGGAGUUUUUUCUUUAUAGCAAAAUGAAGAGGACAUGCAUCACCUGUGCAUUGUGAGGGGAGUGGAGAAGCAGCUGUGGUGGAGCAGAGUCAUCCAGGAAAAAAUCCUGGACCCAUGGGUGAGAGAUUCUCAACUGGUCUUUCGUCUCAAAUGCACCUGAUUUGUGUCAAAUGACGCACAUGCUAUAGGUCUACUUAUAUUUCCUGGAUGAAAUGUAAUGUUUCUCUGUCUCUUUUAAAGGGUCUCGUCCAGGUGGUCCUCACCAACAAGAAGCUGAUUGGUAUUAAGGUACAGUCAGGCAAUUUUUCACAGAAAAAAUGUAAAGUGGCAAAUGUCCAUUUACCUAUUUGAAUAAAUACAUGUUGACAGAAAAUGAAAUUACACGUUCUAAUCUCUUGCCUCAUUUUUAGUUCCUUGGUAGAAGGAUCCAUGGACUCAUGUCCGGCCUUGUCAAGAGGAGGUCUGAGUUCACCUAUUAUGAGGAUGCCCAGGUACACCCCGUUGUUUCUCUGUGUUAUGAUUUAUUUCAGUGUUUGGUUGAGGGGUUUUCAAUAUGGUGGUUUUCAGUGUUGGGCUGACAGUGUCACAUGUUGUGUGUUAAACAGCAGGUGGAUAUCUCCACCACAGUGGAGGGGUACCAGGAGAGGGGGGAUGAGAUGAUGGCAUAUCAGUUCUCCACCUCUGACAUCAUCACCACCCCUCAUGAGCCGUCCUCUGGCUCCUCUCACCAGUUCCCCCAGAAUUCUCCGCCUCCCCCUUUCCCUUCCGAUUCCCCUCCCAGUCCCCCUCCACCUUACCACUCCACCCAGGACCAGGACCAGACCCCUGACAGCACUCCUCAGGUAAAACUCUUUCUACAGUCAAUAAUUCUUAUUUCAUUUGUACUUGUGUGUACAGGUGUGUGUCAUUGUUUUGGUAUCGAUAGGUUUGUGUUGUCUGUCAAGGGUCAAGUUGUUAGGUCAAGAUGAAAGUAUUGUUAUGAUGUCACUGAAUGUUUUGUCUGCUUCAGUUGAUGUUGCAGGUGAAAUGCAGUUUAGUAGAGUUUAAGUUAAUGUGAUGUCUGUUUUAGGAGUUUGAGGAGGAGUUUGUGGAGGAGCAAAAUAAUGCUGCAGAUGUGCCCCAGUUGCGGUGGGUUCGCUUUCAUGUGUUCAUCUAUAGUAAAAACCUUUGCUUUGAAAUAAUCUGCCCAAUAUUGUAGUUAUACAGAUGUAGGAUCUUAAUUUGAGACAGUUUGCUACAGCAGGAAAAUAAUCCUGCAGCAACAGGAUACAUUUUUCGUUAGGGCAAAUCGAGUCUAAAAUUUCAAAGUGGAAAUUACAAACUUGAAAAUUCCAAAUACGCUACAAGUUUGCAUUUCCUGCCGUGCAGGAAAAUUCUCAGCAACAAAAGAGUGAUCAAAUUAAGAUCCUACAUUGGUAUGGUCUUUCUGAAUCCUGCAGUUAUAAUAUAGGCUAACAUAAAAUUAUUUCUUAAUUUCAUGGCACUGAUGUUUUAGCUUCUUAGGUUGAACAUUUGUUAUUGAACAUUUCUAUUUACAGGCGUUACUUUGAAAACCAAGGGACAACCAACUUCUCUCUGAGGCUGGCCGCUAUCAGACGUGCUAUGGAGGUGAGAAAAUGUGAAUUUAGCACCUUUUGUAUUUCACUUCAUGAACAUUUCUGGACUAUUUGUAAAUGUACUGUCUUGUUCUCACAGGCUCUGACAUCCUCAGACAGUACCUCCCUCAAUUACCUCACCCAUGCUGGGAGGAUGGUGUUGAGUGGACUAUCCGAGCUCAACCAGCAGGUAACCAAUUACAUAAUUGUGCAACGUUCAUCAGACCAGAUAUAUAGUUCCCACUGGGCACAGAUGUCAUUUCAACGUCUCGUUUUGAUUUACAUUUGGUUGAGUUGUCAACUAAUGUGAAUUCAAUGUGAAAUCCCCCCCAAAAUUAACGUAAUUGGAUUUAGGUUAAAAGACGAAAUUCCCUUACGUUGAUGACUUCUUUCAAAUCCAAUCAGUUUCCCACUUUGAUUCAACAUCAUCACAUUGACAUUUUUUAUUGAUACAACAUUGAUUCAACCAGUUCUUGCACAGUGGGUUACCUUUAGGCAACAGUGAUUCAUAGGGUUUAGUUGAAAAGUUUCAACGUCAUACUAGCCAAACAAUCGGAGGCCCUUUGAAUUACAGACCUGAAUCUUUGAGUUUAUGAUCUAAGUUUUAAGGAAUUUUAUGAUUGUUUUGUUUUGAGGAUGUGAGGCAGUUUCAGCAGGCCUACGACCUACUGGUGAACUUCAUUAAUGAGCCAGCAAACAGGGAGCGACUAGAGCAGGAGAUGGCUCUCGUAGGAGUAGGUCUACAUGCAAGCUUGAGCGUUAGCUGCAGGCACCGUCUUCUCAUCUAACAUCUACUCAAUGAGACUUUCUAAAGUGCUUGUCAAUGAAGAUUAUGUAAUUAUCCUAUUUGUUUGACUUCAGAUCGACCGCAUCAACUUCGCAGAUGUUUUUUAUGAAUUCGUUCUACUAAGCCUUCUAGAAGGAAAGACAUCUCUUCCUAUAUCUGUAAGUGGCCCUAAGAAUGGAACAUCCUGUUGUUUAUCUAUGCUAUACACACUGUUGUCAUAUCAGAUCUGUAGACACUCACUCAUGUCCCCUGUUCCUUCUCCAGGAGCCUGGUAGCUUCCUUUAUCUGCUCCUGCAAGUCAUAAUGAGGAUUGACCCUCCUGGAGGAGCCUGGACAGAGGCUGCUGAGAACUUCUACCUCCUCGUUAAGGUAAUUUGUCUCCCCUCCCCUCUCUCUCUCUUCUCUCUUUCUCUCUUUUCUCUCCUCCCCGCUACCCCUUAUCUAUUCUCUUAUUCCUCCAAACCUCCCUUUUCCCGGUUUAUGUCAAGCAGCCAGGUUUAGUCAUUGAUUUCCCCCCCUGGGAUUUUGGGCCCUUUCCCCCCGUGGAGAGAAAUUUCUGGAAAAAUUCCCAGCAACCCGAAGAAAUGUUGUUUAAUUAUCAUAUUUUGGGCAUUUACGGGAAAAAGAAGUAGUCAACAUCCGGGGAGAGAGGCCAGAGAAAUGAUUUUAUUUUCCUUUUUGAAAAAUUUUCAUGGAAAAGUUUUUAUUGGAUAUUCUGGUUGUUAAAUUUAAAAAAAAAUGUGCCUCUCUUUUCUCUCUCUCCUCUCUCUCUCUCUUUUCUCUAUUUUCUCUCCUCUCUCUUUCUCUCUCUCUCCUCUUUCUCUCUCUCCCCUCUCUCUCUUCUCUAUCCUUUCUCUCUCUUCUCUCUCAAUAAUAGUUGAUGAUGUGUCUGUUGUCAACAGGGCCAGAUGAAGGCAUGGCUACAAUCCAUCUUCAACCUCAAUGAGUCAAUCUAUGAAAGCCCAGAGAGGCUCUCGGGGGAGGUGAUGCGGAAUCUAGAAAUACAGGUUGAGUUCCUGCUGUCCAGCCUGGAUUAAGGUUCCCAAACUGAGCUGAGGGCCCCAUCACAAAAUAAAGUAUUUUGCAUUUAAACAUUAUCUGUCAAUUGUAAACAAAUGUUACAUCAUGUGUAGGGGAGAGUGGGGUAAGUUG